AUGGCAAACACUCUUAGAGAUUGGAACAAAAACAUCUUUGGCAACAUUCAUGACCGUAAGAGAAAUUUAGAAAAGCGGCUUGAAGGCAUACAGAGAAAACUUGACAACAUACACAACACGGGUCUUCUUAAACUGGAGAGGAAAAUCAGGAAAGAACUUGAAGGGGUGCUACACCAGGAGGAGAUCUUCUGGUUCCAACAGGCUAGAGAGGACUGGAUCACAUCUGGGGAUCGAAACACUGGGUUCUAUCACCCUGCAACAAUGGUCAAAAGAGCGAAGAACAAGAAGUAUCGGCUGAAAGAUGACAAUGGGAUCCCUAUUCAGAACGACAUGGCAGAGGAACAAAUUGUCAAGAGGUUUUUUGAAGGGCUCUUUACAAGGGAUUUUGAGUUUAAUACUCCUAAUCCCGAUGGAGGGAAUUUCCCUAGUAUCUCUAACCAGCUUUGGAGCACCCUUAACAAAGAUUUUACCAUGGAGGAAGUCAAAAAUGCUCUCUUUGAUAUGAAGCCUUUGAAAGCCCCGGGGCCCGAUGGUUUCCACGCUUGUUUAUACCAGAAGACGUGGGAAAUAGUAGGGAACUCGAUUUUUACUCAGGCAAAGAACUUCUAUGACAACGGCAUUUUGGAUGAGGGUAUGCAUGAUACCCUUAUUGCGUUAGUACCCAAGAAUGAGUGCCCUACAAAUACUAGUCAAUUUCAGCCCAUUAGCCUUUGA